AUGACUGCUAUUCCUUGCAAGGGCCUCGACUGUGAGAAGCCCGCGGGCACCCUUCAGUGUCCCUCCUGUUUGAAGUUGGGCAUUGCUGGUUCGUUUUUCUGUUCGCAGGACUGUUUCAAGAAGUCAUGGGGAACCCAUAAGAUCAUUCACAAUGUUGGCAAUGGACCGGCGGGGACGUAUGAUCCCUUCCCGAAUUUCCAGUACAAGGGUGAUCUGAAGGCCUGUUACCCGAUUGGCAAGAUGGACAAGGUUCCCGAAGGCAUACAGAAGCCAGAUUACGCAGAUACUUCGAUUCCCCGAUCCGAGCAAUUGGUGGCACGGAGUACGAAGAUGAAGACCUUGGAUGAGAAGGAGAUUGAGGGUAUGCGCACAGUCUGUCGUCUCGGUCGUGAAGUCCUCGACAUCGCCGCCGCCGCCCUCCGACCCGGUAUCACCACUGACGAGAUCAACACCGUCGUCCAUAAUGCUUGUCUCGAGCGCAAUUCCUACCCCUCACCACUAAACUACUACGAAUUCCCGAAAUCAGUAUGUACGUCCGUCAACGAGAUCAUUUGCCACGGUAUUCCGGACAAGCGUCCACUGAAGGAUGGUGAUAUCGUCAACCUCGACGUGACGCUCUACCACAACGGUUUCCACGGUGACCUGAACGAGACUUACUACGUCGGUGACAAGGCCAAGGCCGACAAGGAGUCUGUCAACAUUGUCGAGACCGCCCGUGAAUGUUUGGAGAAGGCUCUCGCCCUCGUCAAGCCUGGUAUGCCUUUCCGCGACUACGGUAUCACCAUCGAAGCUCACGCCAAAGCCAACAACUGCUCCGUCGUCCGCACCUACUGCGGUCACGGCAUCAACCAGCUCUUCCACUGCGCCCCCAACAUCCCUCACUACGCCAAGAACAAGGCAAUCGGUGUCGCGAAGCCUGGUAUGUGCUUUACCAUUGAGCCUAUGAUCAGCGGUGGAGAUUGGAGAGAUGUUACGUGGCCGGAUAACUGGACGAGUAGUACGAUUGAUGGAAAGAGGAGUGCGCAAUUUGAGCAUACGAUUUUGGUUACCGAGACUGGCAUCCCCCGCGAGGAACGUGCAUGCGGCCGACGUAACCGCCAAAGCUCAGUUGCAUUGUAUCGGCACGGCUCCUUACUUGUUGCGACCGGUGUCGUCGUAGCCCUUGUCUGUAUCGAAGCAUACAAGUCCUACAAAAUAUCGGAAAGAAAGGCAUCUCGACGACGAGCGCGCGUCUUUCCUGAUGGUGUCUUAACAUCGAGUCCGGAAAUCGUGUUUGAGGAGACUGAACCGGCAAGUCGACUGGACUCAGAAGGUGCCGAAGGCGCCGGCGCACAGAACCAGGAUCUGUUGAAUCUGCUAUUCACAAUUGCGGAGUCGAACUCCAAGAAGAACUCGUACAUUCAUCGAGGGAUUACGUGCGAUGGGUGUUCCACCUCUCCUCUCCGUGGUAUCCGAUAUCGCUGCGCAAACUGUUUGGAUUACGAUUUGUGCGAGAAUUGUGAGGCAGCGGUCGCGGGUGGCAUACACAACCCCAGACACGUCUUCUUGAAGAUCAAAGUCCCUGUACCAAGCAUGAGGGGACGAAUGGCGAGAUGUGAGGUGUUGUAUCCUGGGGUGGGAAUACGGGAAGAGCUCAUGGGUGGUGGGUUAAGUACGGCGGAAAUACUGGAAGUUGGAAGGGGAACACAAUUUACACCAUCUGAACUCGAAGCACACUACACCCAGUUUACGUACCUUGCCCAAACAAUUCCCGCCACGGACGACACACCAGGGACUAUCGCCAUCACUCGGGAUACUUUCAACCAGUGUAUCACUUCUUCUGGUGCAGCACUGUCACCAAAUCCUGUCACUGACCUGCUCUUCCGGGUCGUAUAUGCACGGACACCACCGCAUACGCACAUUAGUUUCCGGGACUACAUCCACGGACUCGCAGUUCUGACUACCUCUGGUCCAGGAUCGAACGACCAGUCCGAAGUCGCAAGUGCAAAGAAAAUAAAAAUGGCAUUCGAAGGAUACGACAACGACAAUGAUGGUUUCAUCAGCAGAGAAGAUGUUGUGAGAGUAUGGAGAGGUGUAUGGCAAUUGACACGAAGUUUGGUGGCGGGAGUUGUGGAGGAGAUUCAGCAUGAAGCAUUUGAUCGGAAUGAGAGAGCGACUGGACCGCUAGUUGCUGGGCUUCCUCGGUCGGUGUUGGAAAAUCCUGGAAUGCCGGUGAGCACUUUCUUAGGCGGAGGAAGCAUGCCUGAUCCACGCAUACCCGAGACGACGGAAAAGGAUGAAGAUGCUCCAGUGCUUCCCGGAGAGGAUGAUGCGUCGCAGGAUCACGAUGAUCCGGCACCGGCACGAGCAGCAUUGUUGGAAGAGAUGGCCAUGGAAGCAGUGAAUGCGAUGUGCAACGAGCUGAUGCCGGAAGGACGUGUGUCGUUCCAAGAUUUUAAGGCGUUGGUUACGAGAGGAGGAAAGGAGGGAGGGAUGCUUAUGCAGUGGAUUGACUGUGUUGGAACGGUGUUUUAG